AAAAAAAAAGGCGUUUGAGAGAAACGACAACAAAAAAAAGCAAAGAAAAAGAAGAACAAGUAGAAGAAGAAGAAGAAGAAGAAGAGGCGACACACGGUAGCUCAGUACCAAGUAGUAGAGCUUUACGAAAACCGACAGCAGUGUGGUUCGCGCUCUUGUCAGGGACGCACGCGUGCCGAUUUUUUGAUCAUUUGUAUUUAUUGUGUGCUCAUGCGUAUUACCACGUGACCUGUACUUGGCGCCUUUUUCAUAUUUUUUUUAAUCUCAUUUCAUUCAUUAAAUAAUUCAUUCAUAUACUAAUAACAAAAUACUUAUUAAAUUGUUGUUAUUUGUUUAAUUUUUUAAAUCAAUGAUUAUAUUUUUUUUUACUUGAUUUAAAAUUUAACUAUUUAAAAAUUUAAGUGACCAGGAUAAUUUAAAAGUGAUAAAAUGAUAAUCAAGUACAAUGUAUUAAAAAUUGUGUACAAGUGUUUUUCAUACUCUCAGUCAUCAACUGAGUAAAAAAAAAUUGAUUUUAUUCUUUUUAUUUAAGAAAUAAAUUGAAAAAUUGUGGUUAAAGUUUUUGGAGAACGAGUUUAUUCAAUUUGGAAAUUAUUAUUGUUAAUUGAGAACUUGAAGUUCUCACUGUCAAUAUGUGGAUCAAUUGUCAGAUUAUAAUGUUCUGUAUGUUAUUUUUAAACGUCGUUGUGGCCGACGAUAAAGAAACCAAUACUACACUACAAGCAUCACCUGGUUCACAAGAACCGUCUGAUGCUGUAAUGUCUAAAGUACGAUUAUUAUUAAAAGCAUGGGGAGGUGCAGGUGAAAGAAAUUUAAAACGUAUAUCUGUUACAAAUAAAACAGUAACUUGUAAUGAUGGCUCUGUAGCUGGUUAUUAUCUUAAAAAAUCAAUACGUUCAAGAAAAUGGAUUGUUUAUCUUGAGGGUGGUGGUUUUUGUUCAAAUAUAACUAGUUGUCAAAAAAGAUGGAAAGAAAAUAGAGAUUUAAUGACAUCAUUCAAUUGGACUGAUAAACGACAAAUUGGAGGUAUAUUGUCAUCUAAUCCAACAGAAAAUCCAUUUUGGCAUAAUGCAAAUCACGUAUUUGUACCAUACUGUUCAAGUGAUAGUUGGGCUGGUACUAAGGUAAAAAUUGAUAGUGAAUAUUCAUUUAUGGGAGCUGAAAUAGUAACACAAGUUAUACGUGAUUUGAUACCAACUGGUUUGGGUAAUGCAAAUUCAUUAUUAUUAGCUGGUAGUAGUGCUGGUGGUACUGGUGUUAUGUUAAAUCUUGAUCGUGUUAAAUAUUUACUUCAUCAUGUAUUCAAUAUAAAGCAUAUAGCAGUACGUGGUAUUUGUGAUUCUGGUUGGUUUCUUGAUCAUCCACCAUAUUCACCAAUGAAUUUUUCACCAAUUGAAGAAAUUAAAAAUGGUAUUUCAUAUUGGAAAGCAAAUAUACCAAAGAGUUGUACUGAAAGAUAUCGUGAUGAACCAUGGAGAUGUUUUUUUGGCUACAGAUUAUAUCCAUAUAUUAAUGCACCAGUGUUUAUAUUUCAAUGGCUUUAUGAUGAAGAACAAUUAUCAGCAGUUAAUGUUAGAGCACCAAAUAAAUCAACAGAAUGGGAUUUUGUUUAUCAACUGAGUCAACUUGUACGUGAAACACUUGAAGAUGUAUCAGCUGUAUUUGCACCAAGUUGUAUUAGUCACAGUAUAUUAACUAAACCAACUUGGUCAACAAUUAAAAUUGAUGAAAUAUCAUUACCACAUUCAUUACAUUGUUGGGAUAAAAAUCCACCAAAAUCAAACAGCAAUAGUGCCAACAAUGCAAAUAGUACACAGGUAAUAAAUCAAACAUGUGCCAAAUUACCACGUACACCAACAACUCGUUCAGGUGAAAAAAAAAGGAAAAAUAAAAAUAAUACAGAAUCAAAUGAAAAAAAUAAUGAUACAAAUGGUACAAAUGGUGAAAAAAUAACUAAUAAUAGUAGUAGUAAAGAAAGAAAGGAUAAAAAUAAACGAAGAAGAGAUGGUCGUAGACACAGUAAACAUGGUUCUAAAAAUAAUACAACUAUACAAAAUGGUAGACCACCAAAUAAAAGAUCAGCACAACCAAACAAACGUAAAUGCACACAAGGUAAUUGUCAUUAUCGUUUGAUUGAAUCAUGCUUAUGGCCACAUUGUAAUCAUGAUUGUCCAAAAAUAAUACAUCCUGAUUCACAUGAAGAAGUUAGAUUUCUUGAUAUUAUCAAAAGUUUUGGUGCUGAUUUAUCAAAUAUAUCACGUGCAACUGGUAUUGAUGAACACACAUUAAAUGACAUGGGACAUACAGAAUUACUAAAUCUUUUAACACAAAGAAAAAUGUAAUUUAAAAAUUAACAUUUUUCUUUUUUUGUUUGUCUAUAUUUAUAUUAUUAUU